CGGCGCGAACGACUCAACAAAUCCAUCCAUUGCCCCAUUGAUUCUGAUCCCUGCAGUCCGCAACGGACAUCAGGCAUCGAUGCAAUUUCCACUCCACAACCCACAUAUUCAGGCAGGGGCAAUGUUUUCUUCUCGUAGCAGCAGGCUGCAGUACAGACGUACAAGACUAAUUAAGGAUGAGGACAUCAUCAAUCAUCUUCUAAGGAUCAGGGGUCGCAAAUUUAUCAUGCAAUUUGUGAUUCCGAGGAAAAUUGCAGGCUUCUGCGAUCAAUGGAAGAUCCUGUGCAAAAAGGCUGCAAGAGAUCGCGUGGAAAGACUCAUCUCUUCACUCUGGGAGACGGCCAGACGUCCUCCGCUGCUGAUCUGGCCAGAGCCAGGUUGAGGAAGAAGAAGAUGUGGAUGCAAUACUUGAUGAAGAAGAAGGUAGAAGGAUGGUCUGGCGUGUUCAGCGGUGUAUUGCUGGAAGGGUGACCGUAGAAACCUUGUAUGCGGGGAGUGAGAGGGGAAGAAAAACUAUGUUUAGAUCUUUGUUUUCAGUUUCGCAGUCAAGGGGUAGUAGAAAAUGAACUUUUUCUGGAAAAUGCCGGAAGGAUGUGCCAAUC